UAAAAUAAUUUGGCCCUAUAAUUUCAUAUCCACAGCAGCGCACAGUUUCUCCCUUUUCCUCCUCCCCUCAUUUUUUACUUUUUCCUACUUUUUUCUUCAUUCUCCUGCUUCAUCUUCCUUCUUCGUUCUCGUGAUGCUCGGCCAAGGUGACUGGUAAGGUUCCUGUAGAUUUUCAAUGUUGCACUGCUGUCUCCUCUCUCCGCCCUGCCCGCCCCCCCUUCUUAAUCCUAAAGAUAGCCCCCGAACCACCGCCACCGCCACCGCCACCGCCGCCGCCGCCGCCCGUUAUCCCCUAACAGUAAAACAUGAAAUUGAUAAUUCCCCUACCAGAACCUACUCCAAUUUGGUCGACACACUUCGCAUCCAGACCACCUCCAACUGCUUCUUGGAAGCCAUUUCUACCUAUGUGCACAUGCUGGCCUCCGGCUUCUUGCCCGAUAACUUCGCUUUUCCUGCUGCUCUGAAGGCCGCCACUUCCCUUCGAGACCUUUCAUUGGGACAACAGAUUCACGGCUCUGUCGUUAAACUCGGGUAUGAUUUACAUUCCGUCACCACUGCCAAUUCGCUUCUGCACCUGUACGGCCUAUGUGAGGACGAUAUCCGCCAGGUAUUCAAGGUGUUCGAUAGAAUUCCCAACAAGGACCAAGUUUCUUGGAACUCCUUGAUUAAUGCUUUGUGCAAACAUGAGGAAUGGGAGUUGGCUUUGGAGGCUUUUCUUAUGAUGGGAAUCGAGAGGAUCGAGCCCAGCUCAUUCACUUUGGUUAGCGUAGCUCUUGCUUGCAGUAACUUGAAUAGGCGUGAUGGAUUAAGGCUUGGAAAGCAAGUUCACGGGUACAUUCUGAAAGCUGACGACAGAAAGACCUUCACACAUAAUUCUCUAAUGGCGAUGUAUGCAAAGUUAGGGAGAAUUGAUUACUCUGAGGUUGUAUUCGAGACAUUCCCCCACCGCGACAUGGUUUCUUGGAACGCAAUCAUUAGUGCCUUUGCUCAAAACGACAAGUUCCACAAAGCAUUGGAGUAUUUCGGUUUGAUGAAAGGCCAAGGAUUUGAACCCGACAGCAUUACAAUUUCCAGUGUUCUUCCAGCAUGUUCCCAGCUGGAGUUAUUAGGCCCUGGAAAAGAAAUACAUGCUUUUGUAUUUAGAAACAAGGAUUUGAUCGUGAAUUCCUUUGUAGCCAGUGCUUUGGUGGAUAUGUAUUGUAACUGUAAACAAGUUGCGUCCGGGCGCAAGGUUUUUGACAUGGCUGUGGAUCGGAAACUUGCAAUCUGGAAUGCGAUGAUUGCUGGUUAUACUCAGAAUGGGUUUUAUAAGGAGGCCUUGAUGCUAUUCAUGAAUUUGUUGGUUGCCUCUGGUCUUUUUCCUAAUCCUACCACAAUGUCGAGUGUUUUGCCGGCAUGUGUGCACUGCGAAGCUUUUGCCGACAAAAGGUCUAUCCACGGCUAUGUUUUGAAGUUAGGACUUGGGAGGGAUAGGUACGUGCAAAACGCAUUGAUGGAUUUGUACUCUAGGAUAGGAAAGAUCGAUAGCUCCGUAUACAUAUUUCGUAAUAUGGAGAGUAGAGAUAUUGUAUCUUGGAACACGAUGAUAACCGGGUGCGUGAUUUGUGGAUGGCAUGAAGAUGCUUUGAUUUUGCUGAAGGAGAUGCAAGUAAACAAUGAUCUUAGUACUGAUACUGAUAUCAUCGGGGCCUCGUGCAGACCUAACUCAGUAACGCUGAUGACGAUCCUGCCCGGCUGCGCUGCCCUAACAGCUCUUACAAAAGGACAAGAGAUUCACGCUUACGCCGUAAAGAAUGCCCUGGAAUCCGACGUUGGUGUUGGCAGUGCAUUAGUCGAUAUGUACGCCAAAUGUGGCUCCUUAAAAACAGCCAGACGAGUAUUUGAAAGCAUGCCUACAAGAAAUGUGAUAACAUGGAAUGUAAUCAUCAUGGCCUACGGGAUGCACGGGGAAGCAGAGGAAGCCAUGGCACUGUUCAGAAGAAUGGUUGGAGAUGUGAAGCCGAAUGAGGUUACAUUCAUUGCAGUUUUCGCAGCGUGCAGCCAUUCUGGAAUGGUUGAAGAAGGUCAGAAGCUGUUCCAAACCAUGAAAGAUGUCUACGGCAUAGAACCAAAUAGCGAUCACUACGCCUGUGUUGUCGACUUGCUCGGACGAGCAGGUCGGCUCGAUGAAGCACACAAAACAGUCGAUUCGAUGCCCUCUGGAUUGGAUAAAACAGGGGCAUGGAGUAGCUUACUCGGCGCCUGCAAGAUCCAUCAAAAUGUGGAACUGGGAGAGAAGUCAGCUCAUAAUCUGCUGCAAUUAGAGCCAAAAGUUGCCAGUCACUACGUACUGUUAUCGAACAUCUAUGCUUCUGCUGGGCUAUGGAAGAAGGCCAGCGAAGCUCGGAGAAGAAUGAAGGAGAUGGAGGUGAGGAAGGAGCCGGGGAAGAGUUGGAUUGCUGUGGGGGAUGAGGUGCACAGGUUUGUGGCUGGGGACACGUGGCAUCCCCAGAGCGAGAGGGUUUAUGGGUUCUUGAGGGAUUUGUUGAGGAGGAUGAAGGAGGAGGGGUACGUGGCAGACACGUCCUGUGUGCUGCAUGAUGUGGGGGAGGGGGAGGAGGAUGAGAAGGAGAAGGAGAAUUUGUUGUGUGGGCAUAGCGAGCGGCUGGCAAUUGCAUUUGGGCUUCUUAAUACAGCGCCGGGGAAGACGAUUAGAGUGGGGAAGAAUCUGAGGAUUUGUAAUGACUGCCAUUCUGCUACGAAAUUCAUAUCGAAGGUGAUGGAGAGGGAGAUUGUGGUGAGGGACGUUAGGAGAUUUCAUCAUUUUAAGGACGGGGUGUGUUCUUGUGGGGACUAUUGGUGACCUCACCCAUAUGUUUCUAACCUUUAUAAAAAUAUUUUUAUAUUUA